AAGAAGCGUGGUGCACCCACGCCUCCUCAAGCAGUCCGUGCAUAGGGGGUAUCAGGGCUCACUGGCACGGCGGACCCCCCGCCCCCAUCACCACCACCGUGACAGACAACAUUAUAAGGACUCUUUUGGAUGCAUGCAUCACCCGUUGUGCAACUCCAUGCAAAAAAGACGGAAGAUCCAACUUUUAAGCCCGACCGGCUCUUUGCUUUACUAAGUACACAACACAAGCUGUACCCGGGUCUUGCCCGAAUGACGUCGGUGCCUGAAUGCUCCGGACGGAGGAAAGGGAAAAGUUGAGACAGCGGCGGUUUUCGACAUGCCGGAGGAUGUGUCGCUGCUCCGGAACCGCACGGAGCUGGGACACGGCCGCUCUCUGACCACGCCGCCACCGGCGCGUCCCGCCUGGACGAUCGCGGUGCUGGCCAGCGUGCUGAUCUUCACCACCGUGGUGGACGUGCUGGGAAAUUUCCUGGUCAUCAUCUCAGUAGCCAGGAAUCGAAAACUUAGGAACGCCGGGAACGUGUUUGUGGUGAGCCUGGCCUUUGCCGACCUGGUGGUGGCGUUCUACCCCUACCCGCUGGUGCUCUACGCCAUCUUCCAUGACGGCUGGUCCCUGGGCGACACCCAGUGCAAGGUCAGCGGCUUCCUGAUGGGGCUCAGCGUCAUCGGCUCCAUCUUUAACAUCACUGGCAUCGCCAUCAACCGCUACUGCUACAUCUGCCACAGCCUCAAGUAUGAGAAGCUCUACAGCUACCGCAACACGCUGCUGCUGGUGACCCUCAUCUGGUUGCUCACUGUGGCGGCGAUUGUGCCCAACCUAUUUGUGGGCUCCCUGCAGUACGACCCGCGCAUUUAUUCCUGUACCUUCGCCCAGACCGUCAGCAGCUCAUACACCAUCGCUGUAGUGGUCGUCCACUUCCUGGUGCCCAUCACCGUGGUGAUCUUCUGCUAUCUGCGCAUCUGGAUCCUGGUGAUCCAGGUGCGGCGGAAGGUGAAGAGUGAGGUGCGGCAGCGCCUCAAGCCCAGCGACCUGAGGAACUUCAUCACCAUGUUCGUGGUGUUCGUCCUCUUCGCCAUCUGCUGGGGGCCACUCAACUUCAUCGGCCUGGCCGUGGCCAUCGACCCCCAGACGAUGGCACCCCGAGUCCCGGAGUGGCUCUUUGUGGUCAGCUACUUCAUGGCCUAUUUUAACAGCUGCCUUAAUGCUAUCAUCUACGGACUGUUGAACCAGAACUUCCGGAAGGAAUACAAACGGAUAAUCAUGUCCGUGUGCAUGCCCGGGCUCUUCUUCCAGGAGACCUCCCGGGGGGGGACAGAGGGCAUGAAAAGUCGGCCCUCCCCAGGACUCAACAACAAUGAGCAGGUGAAAGGAGAAACCCCAUGACGCAUUUUCUCUUCCUGCCUGUUGUCCCUAUUAUCGCUAUGGACUCCACCAAAUGUGUGAAGAUUGUGUUGGGAAAAGGGGCUCAGUCACUUGUCUUCUGGGAAUCAGGGACUCUACCAACUGUGUGAAGAGGUGGGUGGAACUAACCCCAUCCAUCCAUCUAUUAUCUGCCGCUUAUCUGGGGUUGGGUUGUGGGGGCAGCGAUUUAAGCGGGGAUCCCCAGACCUCCCUUUUACCAUCCACCUCCUCCAGCUCCAGAAAUACCAAGGCGUUCCCUUGUUAGCCAAGAGACAUAAUCUCUCCAGUGUGUCCUGGGUCUGCCCCGGGGCCCCCUCCCAGUGGGACAUGCCCGAAACACCUCCCCAGGGAGCCGUCCAGGAGGCAUCCCGAAUACAUGCCGAGGCCACCUCAACUGGCUCCUUUCGAGAAUUAACUGUGUUUUUGAAAUAUCUGAGUGCCAUUACCAAACCAUACAAUCAGAAUUAUGUAUCAUAUCUUUAUUACACCUCAGGUCACUUGCAUUUUCUGCUGCUAUAGCAAUAUGCAUUUCAAAGUCAAAACACCAAAACUUUAUUAAUUUUUCUACAUUGGUACAUUGAAAAGGGAUAUAUUUAAAGAUAUUAGGUAUAGUAUUAUGAUUUUCUCUGUAAAAAUUUUAGCGUUUGUUCCACUGUGGUUUGUCUCUGUAGGUUCGUAACCUGAAAUUUUAUUUUACCUCAUAAUUGAAAUGCUUGGUGUUUGUAUAGACUUUGUGUUUUUGUCUCUCACUUUUGGGUGUUGUAUUGAAGGUGACGUUUGCUCUUUGGACCUCAUUGUUCUCUCACGUAGCACCAAGCGUCUUCUACUGACACGUCCAUUCGGUUAUGACCAACGGGAGGCGACGGUCUCUCUCUAGUAAUCCAAAAAGUGAGAAAUCUGCCAAAAAGACUGGUAACCUUUACUAAAACCAGCACUUUUGUCUGGAGUGAAUUUUUUGGGGACUGCAAAAGGUGAAAACAAACAAUCAAAAAACAAAAUGCAAAAAUAAACAGACUGUAAUAAAAUGGCACCAUGUGUGUUUUUUCAAAAAGGGGGGAAUUUGUUCCUCAUUGGCUGGAAAAGCCCUAAUGAAUGCUGCUCUGAUGGUGUCCCCGGGGAGGGGGGGCGUUGUCCUGUGAUGAUUUUUACAAUUAAGUUAUUCCUUUGAUUCUCUCUAUGCAUCGUAUACUUCAUAUUAGAAGCAUAAAUUCAAAGGAAGAGACAUUUUUUUGUAUUGAAUAUGCAGAAUUAAAAAGACGAUUGAUUUUUUUCAGGUUCAGCCUUGACAUUAUUCAAUUAUUUUUAAACGUGGAAGUUAAUUAAUUGCAAAUCCCAAAUGUGUGAUCUUUCUAAUGAGGUGUGAUAUGCAUGACCUGUGUAGUUUCUUUUCAUGUUUGUACACUCACUCCCAAAAGAACCGGCCAAUAUAACGAACAAAACAAAAAAAGGGGUGUUUUCUAAACAAAGGCAACCCUUUUUUCUCCUUUUGUGUGCAUGUAUAUAAAAGGAAGACACACAAAAUAAAAAGAAAGACAAGACUGGGCAUUUAGAAUGUAAUGAGCAACUUCUAACACUGGUAUUUUUGCAUUGCUGUGAUUUUGAGCAAGCUGCUGGUGUAAACAUUUUCAAUGUUAAUAAAACGUAUUUUUAAAGUUUUCUAUAGUUUUUUUUUUUUUACAACGUAACUCAAAUCACGACUGAUAAAUCUCAUAAAUCUUCAUGGUGGAUAAUCCAGUGUAUGAAUAGAGCUUUGCCAUUUGGGGAAAGGCUUUUCCAACAUGCCAGUUUCUUAGCUGGUGGAGGUCUCUGGACUCUUUUUAAAAACUAAAUAAACAACUUAAAAUGCAA